GCGGCGGCGGCGGUAAGAUGGCGGACUUCCUGCCGUCCCGCUCCGUGCUGUCCGUGUGCUUCCCGGGCUGCCUGCUGACCAGCAGCGAGGCCGAGCAGCAGCGCAAGUCGAAGGAGAUCGACAAAUGCCUGUCGCGGGAGAAGACGUACGUGAAGCGGCUGGUGAAGAUCCUGCUGCUGGGCGCCGGCGAGAGCGGCAAGUCCACCUUCCUCAAGCAGAUGAGGAUCAUCCACGGGCAGGACUUCGAUCAGCGGGCCCGGGAGGAGUUCCGCGCCACUAUCUACAGCAACGUGAUCAAAGGUGUGAGGGUCCUUGUAGAUGCUCGAGAGAAACUUCAUAUUGCUUGGGGAGAUAAAUCAAAUCAAGUCAAUGGAGACAAAAUGAUGGCUUUUGACACUCGAUCGGCUAUGGCAGCACAGGGAAUGGUGGAAACUCGGGUCUUUUUGCAAUACCUUCCUGCAAUAAGAGCAUUAUGGGCAGAUAGUGGUAUCCAGCAUGCUUAUGACAGACGUCGAGAAUUUCAACUGGGUGAAUCUGUAAAGUAUUUUCUGGACAACUUGGAUAAACUUGGAGAACCUGAUUACAUUCCAUCACAGCAAGAUAUUCUGCUUGCACGAAGACCCACUAAAGGCAUACAUGAGUACGACUUUGAAAUUAAAAACGUUCCUUUCAAAAUGGUUGAUGUGGGUGGUCAGAGAUCAGAAAGGAAACGUUGGUUUGAAUGCUUCGACAGUGUAACAUCAAUACUUUUCCUUGUCUCUUCAAGUGAAUUUGACCAGGUGCUUAUGGAAGAUCGACUGACAAAUCGUCUGACAGAAUCUCUGAACAUUUUUGAAACAAUAGUCAACAACCGAGUUUUCAGCAAUGUCUCUAUAAUUCUCUUCUUAAAUAAGACAGAUCUGCUUGAGGAAAAAGUGCAAAUUGUGAGCAUCAAAGACUAUUUCCUAGAAUUUGAAGGGGAUCCCCACCGUUUAACAGAUGUCCAAACUUUCCUGGUGGAAUGUUUCCGUAACAAACGCCGGGACCAGCAGCAGAAGCCUUUAUAUCACCAUUUCACCACUGCUAUUAACACAGAAAAUAUUCGACUUGUUUUUCGUGAUGUGAAGGAUACCAUCCUUCAUGACAACCUCAAACAGCUUAUGCUACAGUGAUGUGCAACAGACUUUAUUUUAAUACCCUUUUGUGUUUGUUUGUUUGUUUUUUGGAAUUUUUUUUUGUUGUUGUUGUCUAUUUUUUAUAAAUAGCAGUUUACAACAGGACUACAAAACCUUAAUCCUGUGUUAAACUUUUUGAAAACCGUAGUCUGUCUUCUGUAGACUUUGGUUUGUGGCUGAAAGCUGCUGAAUACCACAUUAUUGCCAACUUCUGCUCAGAUUCAGGCUUUGAAUCCUUUCCACUAUAGCUUCAAGUUAAAUCAAAUUGUAAUUCUGUAGUAGACCUCAGUUAAAUUUGCUUCAGGCUUCAGUCUCUUCCCAGUUUUCCAGUCUGAGUUGUAUUUCUGUAGCAGCUGUUAACUUGUAGGUAUGUGGUUAAGGUUAUUCAGUUCUUAAAAAACAAAUAAGGUGUCUUUUUAGCCUUACAUUCAGUAGUAUCUUAUCUAGCUUGCAGUGACUGCAAGGGCUGUUGGAAAAGAUUUGAUCUAAGGGAUGGCAUUCCAUGGGCUUAUCACAGAUUUGGCCUUACUGUUUUUUAAUUGAUAUGCAACUAUUGGUUGUACAUUUUAAAAAAUUUGUGCUUUUUGAAAGUAAUGUUCUUAAUACUUUAAAGUUUACAUAAGCAUUUCUGAUUUGAUGCUAAUCAAAGAGUAUUCACGGAUGGUACAAGGAAAGCCAAUAAGUAAACAGAUCCCAAGUAGUACUUUGGUCAAAAGCAAAUCAUGAAAUGUGACUUAACUCUUUUUGUUCCUAUUUAAUGAUGAUAUAUUAAUAAUGUACCUGAAUAUUCUGGCAAUAGUAGUAAAUCAAAGCUGCUUGCAACUUAAGUGAUACGACUUUUAAAAUAAAACCUUUUCAGAA